AUGCCUUCAGCACUUGACCGAUACUCAAAAUGGAAGCAAAAGCGAACCGGGACGGAUGACAGCGGAAACGGAAGCGACAGCGGAACCGGAACCGAAGCGGACUCGUUCCAAAGGCGAAGCAGAACCGGAGAACGGAAGAGGAGGCGGAAGCGGAAAGCGGAAGCGGAACGGAGCCAAAGCAAAACGAUUCCCAACUUGGUAGGGGAAGCGGAAGCGGAAGCAGGAGCGGCAGCAGCAGCCCCAGCCAAAGCGAAAGCGAAGCGGAAGCGGAAGGGAAGCGGAAGCAGAAAGCGGAACGACACCAACGCGGAUACGAAAGCGGAAGCAAAAGCAUACACCAAAAUGGAAGCGGAACCGGAAGCAAAGCGUGGAAACGAAAGCGAUAGCGGAAGCAAAAGCGUAGCGGAUCUAAUGUUCCACGUGUACACCACUCUCGAUGACCACGUGGCCAGAUAUCCAAACUCUUUCAUCCGACGUAGUACCACGGACGGUGCCAUUUUUGCGGCGAUAUACAUUGGAACGCUCACAGAGCAGGAUGCGAAGAGUCCUUGUAGAGGAGCGUGA